CUCGGCUCGCCGCGCCUCUCCCCCAUCCGUCCAUAUUGCUGCAGCCCCCGAGCCGGGAAGCCCGGGCCGCCCCGGGGGCGGGGGGGAGGGUGGGACGGGACGAGAAGCUUGCCAGGCUCGGGGUGGGGGCGACUUGUGAGGAACGGGCGGGGGGGGACGCGCGCCGAGGAGGCCUGGACCGCAGAGUGGGGGGCCUUCCUCCCCCCCCCCGCCCCACCAGCGGGCCUCGGAUCUACGGCGGCUGCACUGACUGGGAAGGGGGGCCGCGCCUAGCGUGAAGCCCGAUUCUUCUCCGCAGGGACUGGGGCCCAGCGCCCCGGAGGAAGGCGUCGCGGGCGCCCUGCGAACCAAGUUCGAGGCGGGGGAGGCAGCCUCGGGCGCGCCCGGCUUCUCCGGGGAGGGGGGGCGGGCGCGCAGAUGGCCACUCAGGUGGAGCCUUUGCUGCCGGGGGGCGCCCAGCUCUUGCAGGCCGAAGAGCACGGGGGGCUGGUGAGGAAGAAGCCCCCGCCAGUGCCUGAGGGCAAGGGCGAGCCCGGGGCGAACGACGUCGGAGGGGGGGAGCCGGACGGCGGCACCCGGAGACCCCGGCUGCCCUGCGCCAAGCCACACAAGGAGGGCACCGGGCAGCAGGAGCGCGAGAGUCCGCGGCCGCCGCAGCCGCCUGGCGCUGAGGGCCCGGCCGGGAGCGACGGGGAGGAGGGCGGCGGCGUUGAGCCGGGCGCUGGCGGAGGAGCAGCCGGAGCCGCGGGCGCCGGGCGCCGAGACUUCGUGGAAGCCCCCCCGCCCAAGGUGAACCCGUGGACUAAGAACGCGUUGCCGCCGGUCCUGGCCACCGUGAACGGACAGUCCCCUCCAGAGCAUUCUGCUCCGGCCAAGGUGGUGAGGGCAGCCGUUCCUAAACCGCGCAAAGGCAGUAAGGUUGGUGACUUUGGAGAUGCAAUCAAUUGGCCCACCCCUGGAGAGAUCGCUCACAAGAGUGUGCAGCCACAGUCCCACAAGCCUCAGCCUGCCCGUAAGCUACCACCCAAGAAGGACAUGAAGGAACAGGAAAAAGGAGAGGGGAGUGAUAGUAAGGAGAGCCCGAAAACCAAAUCUGAUGAAUCAGGAGAAGAGAAGAAUGGGGAUGAGGACUGCCAGCGAGGUGGGCAGAAAAAGAAAGGAAACAAACACAAGUGGGUUCCAUUGCAAAUAGACAUGAAACCUGAGGUGCCCAGAGAGAAGCUGGCUUCACGCCCUACUCGUCCUCAGGAGCCAAGACACACACCUGCCAGCCGCGGGGACAUCAAAGGGUCUGAACCUGCCACCUAUAUGCCCGUGCCUGUGGCCGCCCCCACCCCAGCCUGGCAACCAGAGACCAAACCGGAGCCUGCCUGGCAUGACCAGGAUGAGACAUCGAGUGUGAAGAGUGAUGGGGCUGGUGGGGCGCGGGCUUCCUUCCGUGGCCGUGGACGGGGGCGUGGUCGUGGCCGGGGACGUGGCCGGGGUGGCACUCGAACCCAUUUUGACUACCAGUUCGCCUACCGAAAGUUUGAUGGUACAGAGGGGCCUCGCACCCCCAAGUACAUGAACAACAUCACCUACUACUUUGACAAUGUCAGUAGCACCGAGCUGUACAGCGUGGACCAGGAGCUGCUGAAAGACUACAUUAAGCGCCAGAUUGAAUACUACUUCAGUGUGGACAAUUUAGAGCGAGAUUUCUUUCUUCGACGGAAAAUGGAUGCUGAUGGUUUCCUUCCUAUCACCCUUAUUGCUUCCUUCCACCGAGUGCAGGCCCUCACCACUGACAUCUCACUUAUUUUUGCGGCCCUGAAAGAUAGCAAGGUGGUAGAGAUGGUUGAUGAGAAGGUUCGUAGGAGGGAAGAGCCUGAGAAGUGGCCCCUUCCUGGUCCCCCAAUCGUGGAUUAUUCACAGACUGAUUUCUCCCAGCUUCUCAACUGCCCUGAGUUUGUCCCACGCCAGCACUACCAGAAGGAGACAGAGUCAGCGCCUGGCUCUCCUCGUGCAGUCACCCCAGUGCCAACGAAAACAGAAGAGGUGAGCAAUCUAAAGACGCUGCCUAAGGGCCUGUCUGCUAGCCUGCCUGACCUGGAUUCUGAAAACUGGAUUGAAGUGAAAAAGAGACCCCGGCCUUCACCAGCACGGCCCAAGAAAUCAGAAGAGCUCAGGUUCAGCCAUCUGACCUCUCUGCCUCAGCAGCUGCCCUCUCAACAGCUGGUUUCCAAAGAUCAGGAUGAACAAGAGGAACUGGACUUCCUAUUUGAUGAGGAGAUGGAGCAAAUGGAUGGGCGGAAGAACACCUUCACUGCCUGGUCUGAUGAGGACUCUGAUUAUGAGAUCGAUGACCGAGAUGUCAACAAGAUCCUCAUUGUCACUCAGACACCACCAUAUAUGCGCCGGCACCCAGGAGGGGACCGCACAGGCAAUCACACCUCACGUGCCAAGAUGAGUGCUGAGCUAGCCAAGGUCAUUAACGAUGGGCUGUACUACUAUGAGCAGGACUUGUGGACUGAGAAGUUUGAACCUGAGUAUUCCCAAAUUAAGCAAGAGGUUGAGAACUUCAAGAAAGUCAACAUGAUUAGCCGGGAGCAGUUUGACACACUAACCCCAGAGCCCCCUGUGGAUCCAAACCAGGAGGUACCCCCUGGGCCUCCCCGGUUCCAGCAAGUUCCCACUGAUGCCCUGGCUAACAAGUUGUUUGGUGCUCCUGAGCCCUCCACCAUUGCCCGCUCUCUACCAACUACUGUCCCGGAGUCGCCAAAUUAUCGUAAUGCCAGAACGCCCCGCACACCCCGGACUCCGCAGCUCAAAGACUCAAGUCAGACCUCACGGUUCUACCCAGUGGUAAAAGAAGGACGGACACUAGAUGCAAAGAUGCCUCGGAAAAGGAAGACAAGACACAGCUCAAACCCGCCUUUGGAGAGCCACGUGGGUUGGGUGAUGGAUUCCCGUGAGCACAGACCUCGCACUGCUUCCAUCAGCUCCAGCCCCUCCGAAGGGACACCUACAGUUGGCAGCUAUGGCUGUACCCCUCAGUCAUUGCCUAAGUUCCAGCAUCCUUCCCAUGAGCUGCUCAAGGAGAAUGGCUUCACACAACACGUCUACCACAAGUAUCGUAGGCGCUGCCUUAAUGAGCGGAAACGCCUGGGCAUUGGCCAGUCUCAGGAGAUGAACACUCUUUUCCGUUUCUGGUCCUUCUUUCUCCGUGAUCACUUCAACAAAAAAAUGUAUGAAGAGUUUAAGCAGCUGGCUCUGGAGGACGCCAAAGAAGGCUACAGAUAUGGUUUGGAGUGCCUUUUUCGAUAUUAUAGUUAUGGCCUGGAAAAGAAGUUUCGGCUGGACAUAUUCAAGGAUUUUCAGGAGGAGACUGUGAAGGACUAUGAGGCUGGCCAACUCUAUGGGCUGGAGAAAUUCUGGGCCUUCUUGAAAUAUUCCAAAGCCAAAAAUUUGGACAUUGACCCCAAACUGCAAGAAUACCUCGGCAAAUUCAGACGUCUUGAAGACUUCCGAGUAGAUCCCCCUAUGGGUGAGGAAGGCAACCACAAGCGAUACCCAGUGACAGCAGGAGGCAGUAGUGGAGAAGGCAGGAAGCGGUGCCCUUCACAGUCUUCCAGCAGACCUACCACCGUGAUCAGCCAGCCCCCUACUCCACCCACCGGCCAGCCUACCCGGGACGAUGCCAAAUGGACAAGCCUGCACUCGGAUACACAGACUUUGGGAAAGUGAAAAGCCCUUUAGGCCUGGGUUUGGGGUGGGGGUGGGGGAAGGGUUGGGGUGGGCAAGAGUCCAUGGGGGUGCCCAGUCCCAGGAGAGGGGACAGAGAAGGGGCAGGCCUGGAGAUGUGAGGAUGGCCUUGAUGUUAAGUAGCAGUAUCUACACCAUUUAGGCUAUUUGAGGUCCCCCUGGGCAGGAGCCUCCACACACCCCGUUCCUUCCUCUCUCCAUGACUCUUCACAUCCUAGCUUCUUCUAAGGGGGGAGGGAUGAGGGGAGAUUUUUUUUAUAUAUAUAUAUUAUAUAUAUAUAUAUCAAGUUUUAAAUUAUUGAUAGUUUGUCUGGAUUACCAAAAUCACUUUGCAGCCCUGCCUGUGGCUGGUAGGCCACAGCCCUGGUCCUACCCACCCCCAGCCCCUGCUGUCCCCCUCAAGCCAACUAUGCAGCCCACAAGAAGGCCCCGUGGGCCCCCUUGCCUGGCACUGUCCCACAGAAAGCUCUGGCAGUGCGCCCCGGGCCCAGGAGCCACCAGCCCCUGGAUCAUUUGGGGAUUACCAUCACCAUGUUUUCUCCCUACCAUGCCCUUCUGCCAUCUUCUGGGAGAAGGAAACCAAAGGAUCUACAAGUGGGGAGUGGGAGAGCGUUCAGCAUCUCCCCAUCCCACCCCCAACAUGCCCCUUACUCCCCAGCCCAGAGAGACGCUGCUCAUACCAGAAAAGACUAUUGAAAGAUGAUUUAUUUUAUUUUUCUCUGACCUUUACAUCCUUGGGAAAAUGAAAAAAAGAAAAAGGACAAAAAAAAAAAAAAGACAAAAUCGACCAUUUAAAAAAAAAAAGAGAGAAGAAAACAAAAUCAGAAACUCCCACCUAAUCCACACAAAGUGAUGUCUGCCCUCUCCUUAGAAUUUUUUGUUUGUUUUGUUCUUGGAAAUAAUAUUUUUUUAAAAGUUGCCUUAUUGUGGAGCGGGAAUCUGAAAUACCCAAAUGCCUGUUUUCCUCGGUGGAGUCCACCUGAAGAGCUCCCACCUUCUCUGGAUGUGCCUGGGCUUGGACUGGCUAGAAUCUUCCUCUGGACUGAGUUGCAUGUACAGUGCCUCCUGCUGGAGGCGAGAGAGUUGGCGGCGGCUCUCACCUGAGCCGUGCCCACAAUACCCCUGCUGUUGCAUCGUUUGAAGCUGACGUCCUGUGUCUGUACACUGCUGCCACUGUUGUGUCCUCGCUCUGCUUGCUGUUUCCUCACGCCAGGCCCCCCUGGCCUGCCGCGACACAUUGCAUCCUACCCUCGGAACCCCCAAGGCCAAGUUUGCUUCAAACUGUCAGCACAGUUGGCCUGGCUCUGGAACACGUCUGUCCUCAGCAAGGACUCGUCUCACCUGCCCCACAGGGGAAAGGCAAACCCCGACAGCCGAGGCUCGGAAGGGCUUCUCAUGUUGGCCGAAAGAAGAUGCCACUCUCCUCUUCGGUCUGGGGAUCUCCCAGUCUCACAUUCCCCUCUGCAAGCCAUCUCUGCCCACCCUCCAAGUGACCCGGCCUGGGAGCGAGGGAUGAGGAGGAGUUGGGGGCUGGGGGGAACCCUGCCAGUUGGUGAAGCCUUGUGGCAGGAAGGUAUAUGUGGACAUAGAGUAUACCUGGCUUCUCUUCUCCAGCCACUGACUGCUUGGGUUGGGCCUUGAAUGAAAAUGAAAUGGCUGGAGUCUGCCGUUGUCAGAAACUAGGGAGGGUGGGAAAGGACUGACUUACAAAGACUGGCACGUGUGUUGGGUAUGGGCGUGACUAUGUUCACCCCCAGUGGGAACUGGGCAAUGAGAAGUUGGUGGUCUCACUGCUCAACUGUGAAACUGUCGAUCCUGCUCUUCAGCUGGUUCUCUGUUGGGCCCGCAAGUUGGGAGAAGGAAACAGUAUCCCAGGCUGACAAGGGCUUGCCCUCUGUCUUGCAGGGUAUAGUGUUGCUUUAGCCUGCACAUUUCCCCACUUCUGCCCUCCCAGUGGUUAGUACAGGAAAGCCUGUCUCGGUCCCCAUGACCCAGUCAUUUGAUUGGUUGGUGUUUGGUCUUGGCUCCAAUUGUGGGACUCAAGGCUUUCCCUAUGGUCUGGUGCCUCCCUGACAUGGUACCUGAUGCUGGACUCUUGGACCCUUUGCUUCCCUUGAUAAAGCUCCCCUCCCCUCCCCCACUUUUCUCUCGAAGCUUCCAGUGCUCAGCCUGUACUGUAUCCAGCACCACAGAAACCUCAGUGUUUGGCCUCUGCUGGCCUCUGUGGAAAGGCUGUUCUCGUGCAGAGUUGACUCCCAGGGCAGGGGCUGCCAUCCUCUCCCCAGUCCUCCACAGACACCCUUGGAAGAGGAAGCCCCUUGGGGUGUGAGGUGAGGACUUCAUCUCAACAUAGGCUGAGGAAGGGGAGGGGCUUUUUUUUUUCCUUUCUUUUUUUUUUUUCUUUUCUUUCUUUUUUUUUUUUUUUUUGUAACAUGUUAGGAGUUAAUGUUGCAAAGAGUAGUUUACAUCUUCACUUUCUGAAGACACUUGAAUUUAGGACCGAUGUAUCUGUGACUAGCAUGCCAGGAGUGGCAGGGGCUGGCAGGCCUGGCUGCUUUACACCCUUCGCCCUGUGGGGGCCCAGGACCUGAGGCACAAACUGGCAUUCUGCCCACACCCCUGUGUCCAUCCCACAACCCCCAAGUCUAGUCCAUGCAGACACGACCUUCCGGCCCCAAACAUCAGGUCUGUGUGCCUCCACCGUUACAGGAGCAGGCUUCCCGUUGGCCUGCUGUCCCCUCCCCACAAAUCCCAGAGCAGAGCAGGGCCAUUGGCUCCUGCCCCAGCCUGGACCCCUGGGGCUCAGAGCUGCUGAGCCCUGUGUCAAAAGUUCCAGUGCUUUUGUUUUGUUCCAUUGUAGCUUUUUUUUAAAACCCUUUCCUGAUUGAUUUCCAGAAGAAUGUAAGCUGCUCAGAAGGCCCUAGAGUGAGGAGGAGGGGCAAAAAGAUGACUGUGGGAGGGUGGAGGUGCCACAAGCCUGAGUAAGGCGGAUCCAGCUAACCAGGCCCUCUGAAGAAUGGGACCCCAAAGUAAGUGUCCCUGGGUUCUCCCCAGCCCCUGUCCUCUCCUCCUGCAGCCACAUUGCUGGCAGAGACAGAGAAGAGAAGAACUUACAGCCCAUUUCUCACUGGAGAGGAAAACUUACCAUCUGGCUUUGUGGAGAAGGUUCCACCUUACGCUCAUAGAACAUUCUCUUUACCAUGUGCUAGGAUAUCACAUUUAAAAGGACAAAAAAAAUGUAAAAUACUUGAAUGAGCUUGUAUUAUAACAUUAAUAUUAUUGAGAGUAUCUGCUU